GCAUUAUUUCUCUCCACCUUUCUUUAACAACAAUCUCACCGCCAACAAAAACUAAUUCGUAGACAAUCAAACAAUGGCGUUUGAAAGAGACGGUGAUCUGAAUCUUGAGGCCACUGAGCUCCGAUUAGGCUUACCUGGCGCCACAAAAACCGCCGAAGAGUUUCCUACUCCGACUAGCAAAUGCAACAAAAGAUCAUUUCCUGAGUCAGAUCAUGAAUUAUCAAGAAACAACUCUAACAAUGUCUCCGAUGAGAAAAACGGCGGCGAACAUAAUAGUACUGCUCCACCGUCCAAGGCGCAAGUUGUUGGAUGGCCACCAAUCAGAUCUUACCGGAAAAACUGUUUCCAGGCAAAGAAAUCGGAAUCUGAGGUCGCCGGAAAUGGAAAUUUCGUUAAAGUUAGCAUGGAUGGUGCUCCUUAUCUUAGAAAGAUUGACUUGAAGAUGUAUAAAUGCUACCCGGAGCUUCUUAAAGCUUUAGAGGACAUGUUCAAGUUCAAAGUUGGUAAAUUUUCUGAGAGGGAAGGGUUUAAUGGAUCAGAAUUUGUUCCUACUUAUGAAGACAAAGAUGGUGACUGGAUGUUGGCCGGAGAUGUUCCAUGGGAAAUGUUCAUCAAUUCUUGCAAGAAGUUGAGAAUCAUGAAAGGAUCAGAAGCUAGAGGCUUGGGUUGUGCUUUGUAAAAUAUACAAAAAAAAUUAAGUAUAUGAGAAAAUGAGAAUUUGAUGAUGGAUCUGAAUAUUUUUGGAGCGGCAGCUUGUGCUAUCGGAGAAGAUGAAAAAGAAGUGAUUGUUUUAAGUUAUUCACUUGUAUAGAUUAAUAGGGAAUCUUCAUAGAUCUGUAUGUAAAGUUUGGUUCAUUAUUUUUGCCUAGAAUGAUCAACGCAAAUGUAAAAAAAAAUUGAUGACAUGUUUUUUACAAGUUUUUUCAUGUAUCGAUUAAAUGAUGGUGUGUGUUUUUAUAUCA